CUUGACGACAGACGGGCGGAGCUGUGCGGCAAAGAGCGCGAGGAAUGCAGGGGCGCAAGAGGACACGGGACGAUCCGAGUUCCUAUCCAGAGAAGCACAAUCACGAGCGAGGCCGUGAUGAGAGCAAGCGGAAGCGAAAAAAGAAGAAAGGCGAGGCUCCCAGAGCAGAGGCAACGGCACCGGUGGAGGGAGGAGAAGAGGCCUGCAGACCAGCAGCAAAGACAAGCCUUUCGAGUCUUCCCGUCGAGCUCAUUCAUGAGAUCCAUCUGUACGCAAAGAACCCUGCGUUGACCAUUGUCAACCGCGGCUUCCACGCCAUCUUUGCCUCUUGCCCGCCAAGGUACCGCGCAAAGUAUCUCCUGGCCUGCUGGCAUGAAGACUACUGCUAUGGCUUCGAGCCGUACCCUGUCCGCGAUCCGGCGCCACCGCACAUGCCAAGGGAGCAGACAGAUAAGAGGCCCCGGCCCGAACUCCGGUGGAACUCGCGCUUUCUUCCUGUGCUACCCACGGCCGACUUCCCUCACCCGCUUGCUCGGUCCUUCCAGCGUAGCGCCGACCACUUCGUGCUGGACUACUGCAUGCGGUUCCCAAUAUGCGAUGUCCGGGUGUUGGACGCAGCCGAGGACCUGAUCCGGCAUCGCGACGAGUUUGGCAACAUUCGACUCACUACCGGCCUCUGGCGGCGUCGGCAAGACCAGCGCCUCUACUCAUUUGACCAGCUCGCCAGCAUUGGGGCGGUGGAAGAGGAGAGGCCUGGGACAGGCCAGCGUCUGAUAUGGACAAUCCCCGACCAUUUGAGCUGCAAUGAAUUGCCAAAGAGGCUGUUUCAAGGACUCGCAUUGCCUACAACGGGCCCGACGGACGACACUUCGGCGCUCUCAAUGCUGGAUCCUAUGCUCGUCCGGCAUCUCAAGGCUUUCGGACCGGGUCCUUAUCCACCGCCAUCGAAGCUGAUGCUUCUCCUGAGCCUCUUCGCCCAGCACGUGUCAACGACGGCCGAGAGCACCCUCUCGACGCUCCAGCUCGUCAACUCGUUUGAAGGCCUCCCUCUCGUUAAAGCCGUCUUUGCCCAGUCGCUCUUUCUCACCAACUUCCUCUUGGCCCUCGGCGCGGAGCCGUCGCGGAAAAGCAACCUGGCCUUGUAUGUCGCCAUUCGUGCCGGCUGGAUCGAGGGUCUUCGGUCAAUGGUGGAGCGCGACGAGGCAAAGAUAGAGUCAUGGAAGUCGGCUCUUGACGCCAUCCACCUCUGGUUCCUCGAGAAGGAAGGAUUCGGCGGUCAGCGUCGUGUGUGCAAUGACGAUGAACCUGUCGAGGCAUGUACUACCCAGACAAGCAACGCAAUACCUGAUGAAAGCAGGGCCACAAGCAACAUGGGCACAAGCACCAGCGCAAGCAGCAAUAGCAACAAGAAAAGACGAAGACUGCUCGACCGAGCCAGGCUCGAGGAGAAGAUGAUAUUCGAGGCGGUGCGAUAUGAAAAGUGGGACGUGGCCAACUGGAUUCAGGGGAAAGGCAUCGUCCCUGACAUCGUCACCAUCCGGCUUGUCGAGGCAAAGCUGGCCGACGGAAGAGGUCCUCCGUCGGCAUCGGCUUCAGCUCCAUCAUCCACCUCUCGUCCUCGCUCAAAACCAUCCUCCAUGUCCGUCUCGCUCGGCCGCGACGACAGUAAACAUACCAAGCCAAGGCCAAAGACGUCAGCGUCGCCGUCCUAGAGUAAUCUCUCCUCUUCCUUCUGAUAGUUUGUUUCUACUGCAUCUGUAAACUACUUCAUCAUACAUCCAUCUGCUUCUGGAACUGUU